AUGCCUGUGGCAGAAUAUACUAUAUUGAACGCGAACAAAGCCUGCGUUCUCAAGUAUAGCCACGACUUGUCUAUAGUGCCACCAAAUGAAGCAGUUAAGCCAGAUAUUGGCGACAUCUACAGAGAUUCUCUAAAAGCAUAUGAAGAAUAUGACGCUUGUUUAACUAUUACUAUAUAUGGCGAAACAUAUUUGGAUCCAGAAAAAUGUAAAGCCAGAGGUUUUGAUGCAAUCAAAGCAUUUGAGGAAGAAGAAGAAAGAACCAAAUUGUCCGUGGAAUGGAUUGAAAGAACAACAAAAGAGAAAGGAUUUCGCGUUCAAUUCCAGGAAUUUCUUGCUAAAAUCCGAAAUCUCUGGAUUGCUUGGAUUACUCCCCAAAAAGCUAUCAAAAAAGCUUCAUAUAUUGUGGAUCAUAAAAUCAAAUUCGAAGAUGAACUUUAUGUCAAGGUCGUUGCCGUAAAGAUGAACAAAGACGAUGUUUUUUAG